CGUGGGUGUGUGUGUCUAAAUGAAUGCCACCAAGCCUGUUAUUACCAUUACCGUCGGUUAUUACCGGUUAUUACACAUCUCCAAUGGCACCUGUUAGCUCUUAGCCUGGUGUCAGUGCUAGCCUAACAGCCUUGUAGCCUGUUAGCUGUCAAUGUUAGCCCGUUAGCUGUCAGUGCUAGCCUGUUUGCCCGUUAGCUGUCAAUGUUAGCCCGUUAGCUGUCAGUGUUAGCCUGUUUGCCCGUUAGCUGUCAAUGUUAGCCCGUUAGCUGUCAGUGCUAGCCUGUUUGCCCGUUAGCUGUCAAUGUUAGCCCGUUAGCUGUCAGUGCUAGCCUGUUUGCCCGUUAGCUGUCAGUGCUAGCCUGAUAGCUGUCAGUGCUAGCUCGUUAGCUGUCAGUGCUAGCCUGCUAGCUGUCAGUGCUAGCUCGUUAGCUGUCAGUGCUAGCCUGUACAUCGGUCUGAAUAUAUCCACUUUAUGAGUUGAGUUUGGGGAUAAAAUGCCGCGAGUUGCGCGCGAGGCGGAGCUGCGGACUCUGACGGAGUGUGAGUACAGGUGUCCAGGUGAGACUCUGGCAGACCUGCAGACAGUUAGAGCUCUCUUCUCUGACCUGCGUCUCUAUGUGGAUUAUUACUGUUUCCCGAACAAGAGAAGAAGAAGCUGCUUUACCUGGCCGGGACACUUCCUGUUUCCUACGACGGAAGUGAGUAUAAUAUCCCAGUGUGCAUCUGGCUGCAUGAGACCCACCCGGCGUCCCGUCCUCGCUGCUUCGUCUGUCCCUCCGUCUCCAUGGUGAUCAACCCGUCCUGCACCUGCGUGGACGCCUCCGGGAACAUCAGCCUGGACGCCCUCAGCACCUGGACGCAGGGCUCCAACCUGUUGCUGCUGGUUUCGGAGAUGAGGCUGGUCUUCCAGAAGGACCCGCCCCUCUACUCCAGGCCCCCGCCGGCCCCGGCCCCCCCCCCGGCCCGUGGGACACCGUCUGGACAGAAAGCCAGCCAAUGGGAGCAGAGCAGCGAGACGAGGCGGUCGUACACCGAGGAGCUGCAGGGGAUCGACUUCAGCUCUUCCUCCAACAACCCCUUCCUCCCCCCCUCAGAUACUCUGAGCAUCAGGAUGGGAGCUCUGACGCUGAGAACAGGCUCACCUGUACACACCGUCCAAUCAGGAGCAACCACAGAAAGACAGGUGACCGUCCAAUCAGGAACAGCCUCAGACAGACAGGUGACCGUCCAAUCAGGAGCAGCUGGAGCAGACCUCAUGAAG